CGGGAUUCCCAGCUGAUACGUUCUGUGCUGUGAAUUUUUACUAUCUAGAAAAAUUCAGUCAAAAGAAUAAGAUAUGGCUCCAGAGCCUCGUAAGGAGCCGUUGUUGCAGCCGGUGAAUGGUAUUGUCCAGCCACCGGUCAUUCCGCCACCAAAUCGACCAGGUCGCAGGACCAAUGUCCUGGACUCCCUCAAGACCAUGCUGACUGCCAUUUGGAAAAAGCGUUGGGCUUUCCAUUUCCACCACCCCGUGGACGCCAAGGCCUUGGGUGUGCCUGAUUAUCACACGCUGAUCAAGCGGCCCAUGGACUUGAGCACUAUUAAGAAGCGGCUGGCCAACAAGUACUACUAUCAAGCAGACGAGGCCCUCGAGGACUUCAAGCUUGUCUUUGAGAAUUGUAUGCUAUUUAACAAGGAGGGCACUGUGGUCCAUCAGGCAGGACUGGAGCUGAAGAGUUUCUUCUACAAACGUCUGGCCAUGAUCGAUAUGACCAACGAGGUUGAGGUGGCUGUUAAGGCCAAGGCCAGCAAGCGGAAGCAGACAUCAUCUGGAGGUCGUAAAUAUUCUGAGCCCUACACGCCUCCGACUCGGCCAAAGAGAGCCUUUCCGGGUGACACUGUGAAAACCAGUUUUCCCACUCUCAGAUCUGAUACAGUGCAAGAUGUAAAACCUUUUCCACUGCCAGAUAUAAAACCCUUUCCACUGCCUGAUAUAAAACCAUUCUCACUGCCUGAUGUAAAACCAUUCCCACUGCCUGAAGUGAAACCUUUCCCACUGCCUGAUGUAAAAUCUUUCCCAAAGUUUGGUAGAAAGUUUCCAGUGCUUGGUAUAAAACCAUUUCCAGUGCUUAAAAUAAAACAAGAAAAAUUAUCACCGGUCCGGCUGCCAAUACCACCGUCACCGUCACCGCCACCACAACCUCCACCACCGCCACCGCCACCGGCCAAGCCGCUUCCCCCGAAGAUUUGCUACAAAGCCUUGGAUCGGGACAUCGAGCUGAGCUACUGCAAGGCGAUACUUAAGAUAAUGGUGAAGAUAAAGAAUCGACACAUCACUUGGCCCUUCAAUCGGGCAGACCUUCGAGAUCAUUUUUCGGACAGUGACCAUAUCCCCGAGAAGGAUCUCGAUUGGCCCACACUGGAGGAGCAUCUGAGUUCGGACCAAUUCGAGAGCAUGGAUGGCUUCGUUGCCUUAGUUCGACAGAUGUUCGAUGAUGGUCUUCUUUGCUACCCAUUAGAGGGACUGAUCAGGUCAACCAUAAAGGAAGCCAUCUCUCUAUUCGAUGCCACGCUCGGCAGUAUCAAGAAAUUGGUGGAUGCUAAAAAGAACUUGGCCCGGGUUAUGGUGGGAGAGGAGCUAAGGAAGCUUGAGGUGGCAGCGGAGCAAAGUGGCAACAAAUAUCCGUAUUUGCUGCCACCAGGAAUGAUACCCUCUAAGCCCCCUGCAAAAUUACCAGCACCCCAUAUGAUUUCCUACACGGAGGUGGACCGCGAUAUCGAGCUGAGCUACUGCAAGGCGAUGCUGAAGAUAAUGGUGAAGAAAAAGAAUCGUCACAUCACUUGGCCCUUCAAUCGCGCAGAUCUCCGUGACCAUUUUUCGGACAGUGACCAUAUCCCAGAGAAGGAACUGGAUUGGUCCAUACUGGGGGAGUACCUCAACUCAGGGAAGUUUGAGAGUAUGGAUAAAUUCAUUGAAUUGGUUCGCCAGAUGUUCCGAGAUGGUGCUCUUUGCUACCCAUUAGAGGGACUAAUCAAGUCAACUAUAUCGGAAACCGUCUCGCUAUUUGAUGCCACGCAAAGCAGAAUCAAGGGACUGGUGGAUUCCAAAAAGGUAUUGGCUCGCGUAAUGGUGGGAGAGCAGAUAGAAAAGUUGCGGACUCAAGCUACUAAUCCUUUAGCUCCUGCAGCUCCUCAAGCUUCGAUUAAUCGAGUAAAAUGGAAUAAUUCUGAUUCCCAUUAUGCAAGCCGCAACUAUAGUUCAGAUUCUGAUGUAUAGUUUUUGCUAUUGGACGUACUUCUCCAACUUGAUAAGCGACUAACUAAGUAUCUUUCAAGGAAAUAAAUGGAUCUUUUGUAUAUUGUAAAGGAAAUAUAAAUAGGAAAAUAAAGCAAGGAAAGAAGUA